AUGAAUAACAAUAAAUUGAAUCUCUUAGAGGUUCUAAGAAAGAAACGAUUAGAAUAGCAAAAUGAGUAGGUUCCAAAGACUCCUCCGAUUUUGAAAUAAAAAUCUAAGGAGGACAUCCGAAAAUAUUUGCUCUAGAAUCCAAAAACUAAUCUGAUCAGUCUUUUCAAAAAAAAGAGGGAUGAUGAUAAUACCCCUUGUACUCGUCAGAAACUACUUAAAUUUUAUGACAGUUAAGGUCGGAGUUCGAUUCUGUCUCCGAUUUGUGCCGCCAAUCAUAUACAAUAAAAAAGUGUAUCGGAUGAGAGUACCAAUGCUCUAUAGGUAUUAUGCCAAUCAUAAAACCGAUAGAUCACCAUUCCAAAGAGGAUGUCACUAGUAUCUUCUAGAUUACAGCAUUUAAAUUCAUAGACAUCAAUAUUAGAAUCACCAAAUGAAAUUGAAAGUUUCAUUGUGGGUGGGUCCAAUGCCUCUAAAUUAGACUUAGAUGAACAUUUCUUAAGGAUUGAGAAUGUGGAUAAUCCACGGAUCAUGCGAUCACAAUCUUAAUGUUAAGAAGAAGCUUAGAUGGCAAUAAUACCAAACACUCUAAGUGUUCCAAUGGGCAAAGGACCAAGGAGAUUGCAAUCAUUUUCAGUAGGUGAUCCAUUUAGGAAUGUAAUAAAUGCAGCAGAGCAGAGGAGAUCGGUAAGAUUAAUGAGAGGAUUAAGUGGGAUCCACCAACCAAAGGAAACAUAGAUCUUGGAGAGGUCUCGGGAUGAAGCAGGAAGGAAGAAAAUGAAUAACUUUGUAAUCUUGCAUGAAUUGGGAAGAGGGGCCUUUGGAAAGGUGCGUUUAGUUUACAAUGAAAUAGAUUAAUCAUAUUAUGCAAUGAAGAUAGCUGAUAAAAACAAGUUGAAACGGAAGUUACUAACAAAAGAGACUUCAGCAUAUUCAUUAUUAGAAUAGGAAGUGGCAAUACUAAAGAAAGUGGAUCAUUAAAAUGUAGUUAGAUUGGUGGAGGUAAUAGAUGAUCCAGAAGAGAGGAAGUUAUAUCUCAUAAUGGAACAUGUGAAGAAGGGAUCCAUCAAUUCAAAGCAGUAUUGGAAAUCUGAAGGUGUGAAUAUUGAUUGGGAUGAAGGAGAAAAACCACCUAAAAUCACUUGUGAAAAGAUCAGGAAGUAUCUGAGACAUUUCCUACUUGGAUUAGAUUAUUUACACAACUUUGCCAGAAUUGUACAUAGAGAUAUUAAACCAGAUAAUUUAUUGAUUGAUGAGUUUGAUAACUUAAAGAUUGCUGAUUUUGGUGUCGCAUAAAUGUAUGAUAGUUCAUCUGCUGAUUUGAUUCAAGGAGAUGUGGGAACCAAGGCCUUCUUGCCUCCAGAAGCAUUCAAGACUUCUUAGGUUAAGGGGAAACCAGCAGAUAUCUGGGCUGCUGGUAUCACAUUCUUCAUGCUCACUUAAGGAGGACAUCCUUUCCCAGCUAAAAAUGUUUAGUAACUCAAGGAGGCUGUUUCAUAUAAUGAAAUUAAUUUCUCUAAAGAUACUGAUCCAGAUUUGGCUGAUUUCCUAAGCUGUUGUCUGAAGAAGGAUGCAAGGUAACGUCACACACUUGAGUAACUUAUGGAUCAUCCAUUUAUUACAAUGAAUGGAGAGGAACCAUUGAUCGAACAGGAGUUUUCAGAUGAGAAUUUCUUCAUUUCUGAAAAUGAAAUAAGUAAGGCACUCUCCAAAGUUACUAUAAGAGCUACUGUAAGAGUUUUUGCUAAACUUAAACAGAAGCUUAAUCAGUCUAGACAGAGGAUAAAGAAAUAGUAAUGA